UAACGGUCUAUUGGAUGCUGGACUCAUCUCGGCUAAUAUAUCAACAUACAGCGUGUAAGUUAUUUCAGUUCAGACCGUUUUACACAUGUACAAACCUGAAGAGUGAUGAACGGCACGAGCUGCGAUGGAAAAGGAAGGGCUGAUGAACGUCAAAGCUCUGAGGGCCAAGUUUCAGGAAGAGGCCCUUCUAGCUCAAUCCAAAACCAGUCGACCAGCUGUUGCAGAGAAACCCAAACACCUCCCACCUCCUGGGGGUCACUGCAGCUCUGUGGUCAGCAGUAUUAAUAUCGCUGUGGAAAACAAGACACCAGUGGUUCCCCGGGUCAUCUUCAGAGAUGGGCUGCGGGCAUCUGGAGGCAAACGACCAAUUUCCUUUCCACCACAACCUCAACAGACCUCCCCCUCAUCCCAGCUUACUAAUGGAGACAGCACAACAAGGCAGUCCCUCAAAGACAGACACAUGCCUCUGGUGCUUCCUGUCCUGCCUGUGAAGGAGAAAAAGACAGAACCGCCAUCCAAAAAGGAGCACAAACUGGAACCAGAUCCAGGGAAAGAAGUCCUGCCACAAACUAAAAUCAAGAAGAAAGGUUUGCUGCUUCCUUUUAAGUCUGCCAAGGCAUCAAAGGUCAGCACAGAAAAUGUGGAGGAGCCUACGUAUGCUGAUUUAACCACCAGAUCUUCCAGUGCUCCCGGCGAGUUGCCCUCUGUAGAAAAGCAAACAACAGAGGAUGGGGUUUCUCUUCACAGUGACCAAUCUACCGCUGAGCUUCCCUUCUCCAGCCCAGAUAUCCCAAUCACCCCUCCUCCUGCAGAUACAAGUGUCGACUCCGAACACAAAAUCAUUAGCACCUUGGAGAGGGCCAAGAGGAAGUUUUCACGCAGUCAUGUGUUGAUCUCUGCCAAACCUAAGAGCUUACGUUCCCCUGACUACAUCUCAAAAGACAAGGUGUUCCCUUCACUGCCAAAGAACGCUGACUGUGUUGAGCCUGAGCCACCUGUGCCCCCACCAGCGUGUUUUCCCCACCUGGCUUGUCUGUCAGCUCGACCUUUCUUCAAAGCAAACCACUCAUCACGUAAGUCUCCGUUGGAUAAGCAUUUUGACGGAGGUAAAGCUCUUCCCUCUGUUGAACCUCAUCCAACCUCCGCUCCUCCAAAGAAGCCUCUCCCUGAUGUGAGGUCCCUGGGCCUGUUGCCACCAAAGCCCCCCAGACCUCCAUUAGUAGAUCUCCGCUGUUACCAUCAUCCCACAGAUAACGAGGUGUCACCAGGUCUCAGCCAAGCACCAAGCGAAGAACCAGUGUCUGAGCUCCCAUCCAUCUCCAACUCUGUACUCGACGCUCCUGAGUUUCCAGACUUUGAGAGUACAGAGAUUGAAAUGUUAGAGGGUGAAGCUGUUGACAUUGGUGCUCUGGAACUGGAGGCCUUAGACUUAGUCAGCACUGACCUUCCUGCACCAGAUGACCAUGGGGUCACCGAUUUCGAGAAUCCACAACCUGACAUAUCAGCGUGUGAUCCCGCCGAGCCCUUAAUGAGCACCUGUGUCCAAGAUCUGAACCUUGGCAGUCCAAACAUAAUCCCCCUCGACCCAGACAGCUUCCCUGAACCAAUAAACCUUUCAGAGUUCCCAGAGCCUGCUGAGUCAGAGCAGUGGUCUCAGAGCGAGGAGGCCAUCGUAGAGCCUCCUUCUAGCCCUCACGCUGAGGAGACUGAUCAGGGAGCUGCUGAGUCUCACUCUGCUGCACAGGAAACAGACAAUGGUGACCACGCAGCAUUGAAUAAUGGGCUUCAGUCACAUCCAAAUGUAUCUGGACAGGACAGUUACUAUGAAGCAUGUGAUAAUGUGUACGAGGAUGUCGAGAACAUCAACAAAUUGAUCUUGGGCCAGCACUUGCGUAAACGAAAAGGAGGUCUGAAGAAUCCAUAUGCUGACAACCACCACACGAAGGAGGAGGCGUGUCUUAACAUAUGGCCGCGGAAUCCAUGGGGCAGUGUAUCAGGAGAGCACGCUCAUUUGGUCCAUAAUCAUGUCCACAGUAAAGAACGCCAAAGUCCCAACACUGCUGACCACAAAGAGCAGAAGAAGAGGGAAAAACAGCGACUGGAGAAAGAGAAAAAGGAGCAGAAAGAAAGGGAGAAGAAGGAAAAUGAAAUGAAAAAGAAGUUCAAAGUGACCGGCGAAGAGGAGCCCAUGUACCACGCCAAGGUGAUGGUGGCUAGCAAAGUUCGCAAGAAUGACCUGCCAGUGAAGAACGGCGACACGGUCAGCAUCAUUCGCACCACCAACUGCCCCAAAGGCAAAUGGUUGGCCCGAGACGCCAACCACAAGUACGGUUAUAUUUCAGUGAUGAAUGUCGAACUGAAUAUCAAAGAAAUGCUGGAACUUGGCAAGAAGGCCCAAGCAGCUGGACGAGGAGGCAACGUGGAGGGAGACACCAUCAGCAUUGGGAGCAGAUCCUCUAGCCACCCUGUACUGACAAGCAGCUUCACAGAUGACAGUGAGGAGUGGGCAUGUGAAGAUGAGACCCUCUCACCCACAGAUGAAAGCCAUAACUUUUCCCAUCAGACUGCCUCCCUGCCUGAGAUGUCAUGUGGUCAUGUCAGCGCCCAGCACACUCUGAGCGAUGCCAACCUGGAAGACCUGCACACACAGACCAGACAUGAGGCCCUGCAGAAACUAGCCAUCUUCUUUCAACAUGGCAAAGAUGAAUUUGCUGACAUCCUUGACAGUGGCGGACCUACACCUACAAAGUACAGUAUUAAAGUUAUCUUAUUAUGUCCACUGAAGUUGUCAUAUUCAAAAUCUGUUCUUAACAAUCCUCAAAUUAAUAUUUCUUUUCCUCAUUUUAUCCAUGCUAACCUUUGCAAAGUGCUGAGUCAUCAAGCUUCUUGUGUGCUGUUGAGGAGCCUCCAUAUCCUGAACAGGAGGUUGACUUCACAGAGCUGGAGUUUCUUCCUCCCCCGCCGCUGUAUGCUGACACCUUCUGAACUUUUUGGAUGUGAAACCAUGAAGACUAUCUGCCAUUAAGACGCUGUGCCAAGUAUUUGAAUAUACUUUUUGAUCCUAUGCAGUGGAAAAAACAAUCAUGGAUGGAGCUGCUGAUGUGACUUUAUUAUAAUUCUGACCUCACCUUAUUGUUAAGUUUAUUUCACAUUAUGUUCUACACUUUUCUUUUCUCUGACGUUAGUUAAUGGAGCACAAAUUGAGUCUUUGCACUCCAAAGAGAAGUGACAUAAAGAAGCCAGCUAUUCACUCGUAGAAGCUUUAAUUUAAGGAUUUGUUUGUGAGUGUGUUCUUUCGUGUUUGGGUUUUCUUUUGUUUCUUUUACAUUUAAUAAAUAUUUGUUAAUGAUUUAA